ACGUCAGACUUGUGUCGAUCACUCGGAAAGACGUGGCAACGAACAGUUUGUGUACGAAGUGGUCACCGUACAUCUGCCCUGCGUGUGUUAGAUCUAUGUGCUGAACUGGACAGUGAAAGGGAUUAUUAGGAGACCAUGGGACUAACAAUAUCGAGCAUCUUCACGCGACUUUUUGGCAAGAAGCAAGUCAGGAUACUAAUGGUUGGUCUGGAUGCUGCCGGCAAGACGACUAUUUUAUAUAAACUAAAGCUCGGCGAAAUAGUGACCACUAUUCCAACUAUCGGGUUCAACGUUGAGACGGUGGAAUACAAAAACAUUUGCUUCACCGUCUGGGAUGUCGGAGGCCAGGAUAAGAUACGACCUCUGUGGAGACAUUAUUUCCAAAACACGCAAGGUCUCAUCUUUGUAGUAGACAGCAACGACCGAGAACGCAUUCCGGAAGCUCAGGACGAGCUCCAAAAGAUGUUGAACGAGGACGAACUGCGGGAUGCUGUGUUGCUACUGUUUGCAAACAAGCAGGAUCUUCCUAAUGCAAUGAAUGCAGCUGAGCUCACAGACAAGUUGGGGCUCAACCAGCUCCGUAACAGGAGGUGGUACAUUCAGGCAACGUGUGCCACGCAGGGCCAGGGCCUCUACGAGGGAUUGGACUGGCUCUCGAACGAACUCUCCAAAGUGAAGUAAUUGAAUCUAAAGAAAGGAAACCAAUUUCUCUGUGUGGAACAGGGAAAACGCAAAGACCAAAAUGUGGUGGAGACUUCUUUGGGGCCGCUGGCAGCCUGAGUUUAAAACCAAAAGAUGAAAAAGAAAAAAAAACACUUGUUGCAGCAAACCUGUGUGGAAGGAGCAAGAGCUUUUUUUUUUUUUCAUUAUUAUUUCCGGUGCGAAGUUUUCCUCCUUCACUUUCUCACGUCUGAGAUGCACGGGUUUAGAAAAAAAGAUGAUGCCUCCCACCUUUUCUUUGUCGUAUAUUUGUGUGUAAUGUAUGAGUAUUUUUUUUACGGCAUUAAUAAAUUUAUUGCAUUUCACUGUG